AGGGAUUGUCAGGUGGGCGAAAAUAUAAAAAAAAAAAAUAAUGAUAAACAUAAAAAUCCUAUAAGUUUACUGAGGUCCACAGAUUUCUAGGGUUUUUUUAUUUGGUGGCUAUGGCGGCGAAUCCCUGGACGAGGGCGGAGGACAUGGUGCUCGAGGAUGCUUUAGCGACUUUCUCCGGAUCGUUGUGGGAUCGGUUGCAGAGGAUCGCUGACAUACUGCAGAGACCGCUCUCGGAUGUGUAUGAGCAUUACCGGGCCUUGGUUCGCGAUAUUUCGGAGAUCGGUUCCGGCCGAGUCAGCACGCCGAACUACUACGAUCACGACCGCGCGGAGAGUUCGGGCUCGCAGGUGGCGGCAACGGCGCCGCCGGCCAAGCGGAAGAAGAAUGAUUGGGAAGUUUGGAGUGCGUACGAACACAAAUUGUUCUUGAUCGGGCUAGAGCGAUACGGGAAAGGAGAUUGGAGGAGCAUUUCAAGGAACGUAGUGGUGACGAAAACGGCUGCGCAGGUAGCGAGCCACGCUCAGAAGUUUUUCAUUAGGCAAGAAAAGGCAGCCGAGGGGAGGAAACGACCGAGCAUUCAUGACGACAACACCGUCGACAUGGACUUGGUGGCCAAGCUCUUCCCCCAGUGGCUCGAUGCUUUUCAGACGCAGACGCAGACGCAGACGCAGACGCAGACGCAGACACAGAUUGGGCAGACGCAGACACAGAUUGGGCAGCAGCAGCUGCAAACGCGGAUUUGGCAGCCGCUGUCGCAGCUCCCAGUGCAGCAGCAGUUUAUCCAAGAGCGGGGGUAAAAUCAGGUGCAGCCAGGUGACUGUCAUGGCCAAGGGCAUCAGGACUUCUGGUUUGCGUAGCGGCUACGAAAGAUCGAGAGAAGCCUAUAAGGGUUUUUGUUGAUCGUUAUCUGUGAAUAGUGUAGGAUUAAUAGGGUUUGAUAUGAUUUGGCAGGUUGGGUCUUUUUGGAAGGAAGGUUUUAUACAGUCAUGAAAUUCUGUGACUUUUUGGAUAAAAAAAGUGGGUUUUUUUCCCUCUUUUUGAUUGAUUCAAUCUUUGAGAA